AUGACCCCAACAAGGACCCAAGACCAUACAGAUGACCCCACACCCCCAACCCGAGGACCCUGCACCCCAGAAGACCCCCAACCCGAGGACCCUGCACCCCAGAAGACCCCCAACCCGAGGACCCUGCACCCCAGAAGACCCCCAACCCGAGGACCCUGCACCCCAGAAGACCCCCAACCCGAGGACCCUGCACCCCAGAAGACCCCCAACCCGAGGACCCUGCACCCCAGAAGACCCCCAACCCGAGGACCCUGCACCCCAGAAGACCCCCAACCCGAGGACCCUGCACCCCAGAAGACCCCCAACCCGAGGACCCUGCACCCCAGAAGACCCCCAACCCGAGGACCCUGCACCCCAGAAGACCCCCAACCCGAGGACCCUGCACCCCAGAAGACCCCCAACCCGAGGACCCUGCACCCCAGAAGACCCCCAACCCGAGGACCCUGCACCCCAGAAGACCCCCAACCCGAGGACCCUGCACCCCAGAAGACCCCAACCCAAGGACCCUGCACCCCAGAAGACCCCAACCCGAGGACCCUGCACCCCAGAAGACCCCAACCCGAGGACCCUGCACCCCAGAAGACCCCAACCCGAGGACCCUGCACCCCAGAAGACCCCAACCCGAGGACCCUGCACCCCAGAAGACCCCAACCCGAGGACCCUGCACCCCAGAAGACCCCAACCAAGGACCCUGCACCCCAGAAGACCCCAACCAAGGACCCUGCACCCCAGAAGACCAUACAGAUGACCCCAACCCAAGGACCCUGCACCCCAGAAGACCCCAACCAAGGACCCUGCACCCCAGAAGACCAUACAGAUGACCCAAACCCAGGACCCUGCACCCUAGAUGACCAUACAGAUGACCCCCAACCAAGGACCCUGCGCCCCAGAAGACCAUACAGAUGA